GUCACCAGCGACGCUUCUUUAACUUGCCUGAAGAAUUUGCUGGCAACUUAGCAAGGUUUGUUAGACUAGAACAAAUUCAAACAGGGUCAGUUCAACAAACGCUGGCUAAUAUCUUAAAAGUAAGGAGGACUUGUCUCUAGCUAGCCGUCCAUAGCAGUAGAGAGUAAGUUGGAGGCGGCUGAGAUUUAUCGUUACUGAACCGCUAGCUAAGGCUAAUACAGACAGGUAAACUUCUGAAAGGCGGACGAGAAACACUGCGAGUUUACACAUUAGCUAGUGGGCUAUGGUCUCAUACGAAAACACGUUUGAAGGAAGACUUUCUGCUGCUUGUCUGUGGCUGUGGAGCUGAGGUGUUCAGGCUGAGAGAGGAGUGGAGAUCAGAAAAAGCAGGAUGGUGAAACAUGGAGCUCAUCACCGCUCCUCAACUCGCUCCUCAAAACGUGCCUCACACAUCUCCGGCUUCAAAGAGCUCUCCCUGUUGGAGCGGGAUAGGGAGCCUCCGGCACCUCCAGUCCUGAGGCCCGACCUCCCCUCCGUCCAGCCACAGUCUGAGCCAUCUGCCCUGGGGGAUGGUCCAAGCCGCAUCCCUGACCAUGUCUACCUCCACGCAGCUGCCAUCUUUCAGAACACACACCAGGAGAAGGCUGUAGCCCAUCGGCUUAUCAGCUAUGGGAAGUCAGGGGUUACUCUGCCGGAGGUCAAGGACGAGGUGUCGCAGCGGUUGGCCUACAAGCUGGCCUUCAACACGCUCAAGUAUCAAGAGCUAUUGGAAGACAUCAUGAUUGACAGCUGCUUCUAUGUGUCCCAGCCAGUGCCAGAGGAUUUGAUGAGUUUGGUGGCUGUUAUGCUGUAUGACUUCCAGGACAGGAAGUUCCUCCCCCGUGAGCAGCUGGCCAAUCAGACAGAGCAGGAGAUGGAGCCAGCAGUUCAAGAAGUGGAAGAAUGCCUGCUCAGGUUCAAGACGAAGCUGGCGGCCUCCUUAGCGCGCUGCAGGAUCAAACAUGAUCUGCUGACCAUUGACUGCAUCUUGCCAGAGAGUAUUCGACAGAGACAGGAGAGAGCCUCCAACCUGCAUAUAUAUGCCUGGGUUAACACGCUGAGAACCAGUAAGGAGGAGGUAAGCGAUGUGUUGAGGUCAGUGGGUUUCUCUCGUGUGAAUUCUGUGGGUCAGUUGGAAGGACAGACGUUUUGUCAGGACGUUCACUGCCUGGACCUGCUGGUGUUUCCAGCAUGUGUGAGAGGAGAGCUGUAUAAGACCAGCCUGUUGUCAGACCACAGACUGAUCAUACAGGAUAAGUCAUGCUGCGUGGGGCCGUGGGCGCUGCGGCCCCUGCUGGAUCGAGACGGAGACGUUCUAAUGGCUGGAUCCUUCUCCGCUUCUACCAUUGCUCACACUUCCGCCAUCAUUGCCGCCGCCGCCUCAAACAUGCACACGCUCACCUUUCCCAACUCACUCAAAAAAACACACGGCAAUGCACAAGUGCUUGUGUGUGUGGGAGAGCGCUCGUGUGCUGAGAAGGAGGAACUGCAGGAGGUCCUCUCCAGCAUGGGCUGCAGCAACGUGAAGCUGCUUUCUGAAGCUUUUCAUGCUGUGGAUGUGUCUGAUUCCCGUCUACAGAAGGUCUUGCUCAUCUCGCUGACUCCACAGUGUUCCCUCUCAGCAGUCUCGAACCCUGUAGACUACCUGCUGCAAGAGAAUGGAGACACUGAACUACUGCAGGAUCUGUCCCAAGGCUCUGUCUCUCAGUCCAGGCUGAACACACUCGUCUCCCAACAGAAGAGAGACCUCCAACACGCUCUUCGCUUUCCUAAGGUGCAGGCUGUGGUGUAUUCCACCUGUUCGUCCCUCUCAGAGGAGAAUGAGGAGGUGGUAAAGAAAGCUCUCUCACUCGGAGAGCAAGACGGUUCCAGACUACAGCCCUUCAGGCUCAGCUGCCCGUCUCUGCUGCAGAACAUCGUGUCUGAGGAAGAGAAGGGCAAAGGAGAGAAGGCCGGCUUCUUCAGGCUGGAGGCAUCCGAUCAGAGUAAUGGCUGUUUCUUAGCUGUGCUGACCCGUCAGCCUGAGCCCGAAGUGACAGGGACCCCACAGGAGGUGCUUGCUCGUGCCGCAGCCACCGGCUUGCUGGAUGGAAUCCACCCAGGUCAGCCGACCAGGAAGGAGGGACGUGGCCGGCAGACCCGCAAAGGAACCACGAGUCAGGGACGCCCCGCCCAGACACGGUCGCGCACCUCACUCAGCAGCCAAUCAAGGCUGGAGGAGUUUUUGAAUCGCGAAACAAAAGCAAGCAGCUCAGCUCCGACACUGGCACAGGACAGGACAAACGGAGUGUGCUCACCACGGGGAAAAGCCAAACCCAAAUCCAUCAGCUUCAACCUAGGCUCCGCCUCCUGUCCUGUCUUGAUGUCCAGCUCCACCCCGUCCUCCAGCUCCACCCUGUCCUCCAGCUCCACACUGACCUCCAGCCCUGCCUUGAUGUCUGGCUCUACCCUGACCACCUACUCCACCCUGACCUUAAGUGCUACUCUGGCCUCCAGCUCUACCCUGACAUCUAGCCCUGCCUUGAUCUCCAGUUCUAACCUGACCUCCAGCUCCGCUAUGAAUUCCAGCCCAUCCUGUAAAAGCCUGACCCGGUCGUUCGUUAGCGCAGCCUCCACUAAUACCCGACGAGCUCACGCCCCUGUAGUUCCACCCCCUGGCCCGCCUAAGGGCAGGCAGGAAGUGCUGCAUCCUGCAGCACUCAUGUUUCCUCCUGUGCUGUUCCCAGGACCUUCCCCUCCCUCUGUACAAAAGAGCAAGAGAACCCCUCCUCUCAGACUCAACCCCACGCUGUCCUACCUGCAGUGGAAAAACUCCCCUGCUGCGGCUCCCCUACCACACACGUACUCAAGCAGCAUCAGACACCCCCGCCCGUGGCUCUAACACACACUGUAAAAAGCAAUGCAGCAUCAUACAGUACUGGGCAAAUCAGAAACCACCCUUAA